AUGAGUAAAAUACCUCAAAUCCACAUUUUCUUUGGAGCACCAGUUAUUCCAUCAAAUACGGCUGUAUCAUCAGAACAAAAAUGUUCAACAACCGAUGUGAAUCCAUGGAAAAUAGCUCAGCUUUUAUAUGAUCACCAAUCCUUAAAUGUUAGUGCUUUUAAAGCAUGUCAGCAUGGUCAUCUUGAAGACCACAAUACCAGUCUUCCAGGUCCACUCAAAGAAAAUAUCAUGAUGAGUGCCAUGAAGACUAGAUCUUGGCAUGGUGAAGACUACUUAACAUGUGUUCCUGAAACACAGUAUAUACAAUCCCAGAAUGAUGAACCUUCAAGGAUAAUUGACAUAGCCUACUUUAAUGAGCAAAUAUCUGGAUUUGAAAGCAGAGUUCAACAGUAUUUAAAUGACAGAAAAUGUCAUUAUUCUGGGAAUGAAAAUAACAAAAUCACAGACCAGCAAGAGAAAUUUCAAUCAAGUUCCUGUUUCCAAAAUCUCUCAAGAAAAAAUUCCCAACCAAUAAAUCAGGAUUAUUCCGAAAUCUGGGAUUUGGUGUGUAGUACUAAGCAUAUUAAUAUAGAGCCAAAAGCUACAGAAACUGAUCGUGUGCCUUCAGAAAGUCAUGACACAAUAAACCAUGGCAUGGGACUUCCUCCCUGCCAAACAACAGAUGAACCAAAGUCUGAAGAAAUAACGAAGAUCUCAAGCUUCAGUACAUCAGCAGACAUUGAAUUUCUUAGUAUUACGACAUCAAGUAAGAUAGCUUUUCUAGCCCAAAGCCUGGAAAAAGAACAGAGUUUUCUAAAUAAAGGAACUACAGGCAUGAAUUCAAAACUAAAGGAAAGUUGUAGGGAAAAGAGGCAAGGAGAUUCCAAUAAUUUUGUGGAUGGAUCAAAUCAAACAAACUCCUUGGAACUUUUUAGCCCUGAUUGUCUUGAGACAAUAAGCAAUCUCACUCCCUUAAACAGUGACAAAGGAUUUGAAGAAAAUAGAGGAUCUCAAGAACUUUUCAAAACUCUUAAUGAACAGCCUACAGAUGAUUUUUAUGUUGAUUCAUUUAACACAAGGAAAAGUUGUUCCCAACAAAAUACUUUCCAUAAAUUAUCUAUUAAAAGAAAUUGGACCUCCGAAGAUAAGUCAGGUCCUUUUAACACUGUAUCAGAAUCCCUCCAGGGACCCAAGAGAGUUAAGUCAGUUUGUUCUUCAGAUGCCUAUCAAAUCUCUUCAGAAACUCCUCCUGAAAAAAAUGUAUCUAGAUUUGGCAAGUUCUUAAAGAAAACAUCUCUGCUUAAAAAUUGUGUUUGCAAAAGCCAGAGAUAUAAUUGUUUGGUUAUGGCCUUACAUCCAUGCCAUGUGAAGGAAAUACAUAUAAGAGCAGGACCAAAUUCUGGCUGUAAAGUUCCUUUGGCAACUAUUACAGUGACUGACCAAUCAGACAUUAAAAAAAAGGUUGUGCUAUGGCGGGAUGCUGCCUUUGGUAUGCUAACAGUAUUUCCUGGAGAUGUAAUUUUACUAACAGAUGUCACAUUACAUGAUGACCAGUGGUAUAGGGAAACAGUACUUCAAUCUACAUUUAUAAGUCAGGUAUUGAAUUUGGGGAGUUGCUCAUCUGUCCAGCCUAAAGAAUAUUCCGGUAUAGUCAGUGUUACAGUUCUGCAAGAUUUAUUAGUGUAUAUCUCUUCAAAGCAUUCCUAUGUUGUAGAUCUCCCUUUCAGACAUCCUCAGAAAUUGGAAAGAAUACAAUAUGUAGAACUGGACCAGCUUCAGCCAAACACAUUAGUCCAUUCAGUACUAAAAGUUGUCAAUAUCACAGUGCUAACAGAGGCAGUGUAUGGUUACAGAGGACAGAAGCAAAGAAAAAUUAUUCUAACAGUGGAACAAGUCCAAGAUCAACAUUUUAUACUUGUAUUAUGGGGUCCUGGAGUAACCUGGUACUCAGAGCUUCAAAGAAAAAGGGAUCAUCUUUGGGAGUUUAAGUAUCUUCUUACUCAGCAUAAUUCCAUAUUAGGAAACCUAGAAUUACAUACAACCCCAUGGUCCUCCUGUGAGUGCCUCUUUGAGGAUGAUAUGAGAGCAAUUGAAUUUAAAGCAAAAUUCCAAAAAAGGAAAAGUCACUUUGUGAAGAUUUCACAUUUAUCUGCCCUUCUGGAAGAGAAGCACAUGGGAAUGGUUCAAGUAACAGCCCAGAUUUUAGUGUUAGUAUUUCCUGUUGCUGCCCAUGAGAGCCGGCAGCUUGUCUUAGAUGCCAACACUUCUCUGGAGGGUAUUCUGUCAUGUCUACCCACCAUUACAUAUUCAGGCUGUGGAAAAUGUGGACUGGAAUUAGAAAUAGAUGAGAACAAGAUCUACAAGCAGUGUGUCAGCUGCUUGCCAUUCACUAUGGUGAAGCUGCACUACAGGCCAGCUCUGAUGACUGUAUCUGAUGGCAGGAAUGAGGUUCAAGUUCAUGUGGGAUCUGAGAUGAUACAGAAGAUUCUUCUCAAUAUUCCACCUGAUUGGUUAAGCAGAGUUGUAGUUCCAUCCUCCGGUAUCACAUAUGGAAUGGUUGCAGCAGACCUGUGCCACUCGUUGCUAGCGAGUAGAGAAAAAGCGUACACGCUGAAAAUCCAGAGCCUUUUUAUUCUAGAUGAAAACAGUUACCCUUUACAGCAGGACUUCUAUCUGCUAGAUUUUCAAACUGACUUUGAAGCAUGACUCUAUAAUCACGUAAGUGAUCAGAAGAACACACCACUGGUAACUAAAGUAGAAACACAGUGAAAUAAUUUGCCUUUUGAAAUAAAGUAACAAGACUUAAUUCUCAGGUAUACACCCCCUCCCUAAAAGAGUAACAAAAAGAACUGUGCCUGUUGGCAGGCUCCAGAAAUAUUAUGCUUUUUUAAAUAAAACUUUGUAAUCUGA